AUGCCCACCCCGCUCGAGACCUGGGUGUCCGACAACCUCCUCGUCCUCCUCGGCGCAUCCGACUCGACCACGACCGCCUACUUCAUCACGCUGGCCCAGUCGAGCCCAUCUGCUUCCGCUCUCGUCCAGACCCUCACGCAGAACGGCCUCUCCGACUCGGCGCAGACUCGCAGGUUCGCGGCCGACUUGUUCGACCGCGCACCGAGGAAGACGAGCAAGCGCGCCGAGCAGAACGCGGCGGACGCACGGAGGAAGGCAGAGAAGGAGAAGAAGCAGCUUGCGGGUGCCAAGUUUUCCCUCUUGCUCGACGACGAAGAGGCGGCAGGUGGAGCGCAGGGUCAGGGUUCGUCUUCCUCGUCGGCCAAGCGGGAGAAGCGGGACAAGGGCGAGCGCUCGCGGGACAAGGUCAGGAAGCGCGAGACGGGCGUCGGCGGGCGGGAAGACGCCUGGGCGGACGAGGACGAGGAGGAGCGCGAGAUCAAGCGGCGACGAGAGGAGGACCGCAACGCUCGCGAGGCUGCCCGUCGACCACGAGGCGAGUCUGCAGCACUCGACGAGGGGCAGGCGUUGGAUGAAGACGAGGAAGAGGAGGACGAGGACGCGCGGAGGGAGCGUGAACGUCUCGCGGACCUCGCAGAACGAGACGCGUUCGCCGCUCGGAUGCGCGAGAAGGACAAGGACCGCACGAAGCGGCUUGUCGAGGACCGAUCAGCCAAGAAGGACCCCGAGUCGCUCCUCCGCGCCAAACUCGCCGCCGACGACCCCGACGCCGUCAAGCGGCAGAUGGGCUCGCUCCGUGAACGCUCGCGCCAGUCGUACCUCGGCAAGCGCGAACAGCAACAACUCGACCUCCUCAGGCUCGAGAUCGCCGACUGGGAGCGCGACUUCAAGGGCGUCAAGCUGACUAAGUCGGAGCAGCGCGAGUACGAGCGGAAGAAGGAGCUUCUGCGGCUUGCGGAAGAGCGGCUCGCCAUCGACGAGGGAGACGACCACUACCAGAUGCCCGACGACUACUUCACGGCGCAGGGCAAGAUCGACUCGAAGCGGAAGCAGGACCUCUUGACGUCGCGGUAUCAGGACGUCAAACCGCGUUCAGCGUUCGGUGGCAAGAAGCCCGAAGAGUUCAUCACGGACCUCGAGCAGUACGAGAUGGAGCAGACCACCAAGGCGCAACUCACAGCUGGUGCGCUCGACCGCGAGACGGUCGACAUCGGCGGCGAGUACGACUACGUCUUUGACGAGAGCGUGCAGAUCCAGUUUGCGCUGGACAUGGAGGACCGGAUCGAGGGAACGAUCAACCCGAAGGACGCCGCGCUGCAGGCUCAGAUCGACGAAGCGCAGCGACGAGCCCAAUCUAUCGACGAGACACGCAAAUCAUUGCCCGUCUACCAAUGGCGCGAGCAGUUCCUCGAGGCCGUCUCGCAGUAUCAAGUCCUCGUCAUCGAAGGCGAGACCGGGUCGGGCAAGACGACGCAGCUGCCGCAAUACCUGUACGAGGCGGGCUACUGCUCGAACGGGCAGAAGAUCGGCUGUACCCAGCCUCGCCGCGUCGCAGCCAUGUCGGUUGCUGCGCGUGUGGCAGAGGAAGUCGGAUGUCGAGUCGGCGCAGAAGUCGGGUACUCGAUCCGGUUCGAGGACUGCACGAGCGACAAGACCAAGAUCAAGUACAUGACGGACGGCAUGCUCUUGCGAGAGUUCCUCACCGAGCCCGACUUGGCUGGCUACUCGUGCAUGAUCAUCGAUGAGGCGCACGAGCGGACGCUCAGUACCGAUAUCCUGUUGGGUCUUGUCAAGGACAUUGCUCGCUUCCGACCAGACUUCCGCCUCCUCAUCGCCUCCGCAACGCUCAACGCGACCAAAUUCUCCGACUACUUCGACGGCGCGCCAGUCUUCCGAAUUCCCGGCCGCCGCUAUCCCGUCGACAUCCUGUACACUCCUCAGCCCGAAGCCAACUACCUCCACGCGGCCGUCACCACCGUCUUCCAGAUCCACACCACGCAGCCAAAAGGCGACAUCCUCGUCUUCCUCACCGGACAGGACGAAAUUGAAGCAGCGCAGGAGAGUCUCGAGGAGACUGCGCGAGCGUUGGGAAACAAGGUGGCGGAGUUGAUGAUUUGCCCGAUCUACGCCAAUUUGCCAACCGACAUGCAAGCCCGGAUCUUCGAGCCGACACCCGAAGGAGCGCGCAAGGUCGUCCUCGCAACCAACAUCGCCGAGACGUCCAUCACGAUUGACGGCGUCGUCUAUGUCAUCGACCCGGGCUUCGUCAAGCAGAAUGCGUACAAUCCGCGGAACGGCAUGGAGUCGCUCGUCGUCACGCCCUGUUCUCGCGCCGCGGCAGGUCAACGGGCAGGUCGUGCUGGACGUGUCGGGCCGGGCAAGUGCUUCCGGCUGUACACCAAGCACGCGUUCAUGCACGAGCUCGAGCAGGAUACCGUCCCCGAGAUUCAGCGCACCAAUCUCGGCAUGGUCGUCCUCAUGCUCAAGAGUCUCGGCAUCAACGACCUCAUCGGGUUCGACUUCCUCGACCCUCCACCCGGCGACACGCUCAUCCGCGCGCUCGACUUCCUUUACGCCCUCGGGGCCUUCAACGACAAGGGCGAGUUGACCAAGAUGGGCCGUAGGAUGGCAGAGUUCCCGAUGGACCCGGCGCUCUCGAAGAGCAUCCUCGCGAGCGAGAAGUACAACUGCGUCGAGGAGGUCCUCACGAUCGUCUCGAUGCUGUCCGAGUCGGGGUCGCUGUUCUACCGGCCGAAGCAGAAGAAGCUCGAAGCCGACACGGCCCGGCAGAAUUUCAUCAAGCCGGGCGGCGACCACUUCAUGCUGCUCAACGUCUGGGAGCAGUGGCAGGACUCGGGCUUCUCCAUCUCCUGGACGUACGAGCACUUUAUCCAGAUCAAGUCGCUUACCCGCGUCCGCAAUAUUCGCGACCAGCUCGUCGGGCUGUGCGAGCGCGUCGAGAUCUUCGUCGAGGGCAACCCGAACUCGAGCGACAUCAUCCCGAUCCAGAAGGCUAUCUGCGCUGGCUACUUCCAGAACACCGGUCGCCUCAACCGCAGCGGUGAAGCUUACCGAACCAUCAAAACAAACCAAACCGUCAACAUCCACCCGUCCUCGUCGAUGUUCCAGCACCAGCCGCCGCCCAAGCUCAUUCUCUGGUUCGAGCUCGUCAUGACCUCGCGCGAGUACGCGAGGCAGGUCAUGGAGAUCAAGCCCGAGUGGCUGCUCGAAGUCGCGCCGCAUUACUUCAAGCCGGCGGACCUCGACUCGCUCGGCGGCACCAAGAAGGGACAGAUCAACGCCAAGGCAGCGGGCGCUGCGCAGCUCCCCAAGCAGGGUCAGGCGUGA